AUGAUGCUCUCCUCUGGGGCUGCGUUAGACUUCGUUAGUGCUGCUGCAGCAGCUGGUAGACAGCAGUUGCUGUACAUACACCGGGCUGCUGCCUUGCUGCAGCAGGAAGACAGCUUGCUGCUGCUGAGCAGGGGCCUUGAUGCAGAUGGUGUGCUGCUCCAGCUGUUGUCGCUCUUGCAGCAGCGCGAAAAAACUGACAGCAGCAGCAGCACGUGCCCGCAGCAGCAGCAGCAGCAACAGCAGCAACAGGAGCAGCAAAACGGUGGCGGUGGUAUCUUUGGCUCCAUACCUUCUCCUGUACAGGAGGACUCGGAGCCGCAGCAGCAGCAGCAACAGCAACAGCAGCAACAGCAACAGCAGCAGCAGGAACGGAGGAGGCCUUUGUAUAGUGCUGCUUGGCCGAGACUAGUAUUGGUGCUGGGUCUUGCUGCAGCAGAGCACUCAGCAGUGAGAGCGCUGCAGCGGCGGCAGCACCGGCAGCAGCGUCGCCUGCUGCAGGUUGCUGCUGCUGCUGCGAAGGCGCGCUUGAAGAGCAGCAAGAACGACCCAGCAGAAGCAGCAGCAGCAUCAGCAGAUCUCGCAGCUGCAGCAGCAGCCUUAGACGAUUUGGAGCGUCAGCAGCGCGCGGAGGAGCUGCGUCUUGCAUGCAGCAGCAGCAGCAGCAGCAGCGGGGAAGCCGCAGCAGCAGCAACAACAUGGCAGCUGCGGCAGCAAAUGUACGCAGGAGGCGGCUGCUUCUGCUGCCCUGCUGCUGUUGCUGCUUCUGAUCUUCUUACUGGGCGCCUCCCCCCAGAAGUUGUUGACUGCAUCAUCUUCGUACGAGCUGAGCGCGUUAGCGGAGGCUUCCACGAGGCGUUCGUUUGUCGGGUGUACAGACAGCGCAACAGGAUUGGGGGCCUCAAAGCAAUCAGCGACAGACCUCAUCACUUUGCUGCUAGCAGCAGAAACAGCAACUGCAGCAGCAGCAGCUGCAACUUGACGCAAACAUUGAAGCUGCUGCAGCUCAAGAAAGGGCCGUCUCAGCCUCAGACGUGCGAAGUCUGUUUGCCUCCUUCGCCGCUGCAGCUGGAGAUACAGCAGGCUUUGCUGCUGCUGCUGCAGCGAGGGCUGCAGCAGCUCAAGAAGUGCCUGCCUGGUUUGCUGCAGGAUUGGGAGGUGUCUUGUCUCUUUCGAGGCCAGGCGCCUCUUCUCCCCACAGAAGAGCAGCAGCAGCAGCAGCAGCAGCAGCAAACCCAGCAGCAGCAGCACCAGAAGCAGCAGCAGCAGCAGCAGCAGCAAAGGGCCCCCGUUGGCGGCUCCUUACGGAGGGCUUUGAGCUCCGUGUGGCAUCAGCUGGACCCCAAAACGAAGGCGCUUGUAGCUGAUCUGGGCGAGCUGCGGCGUCUGGUGUUUCUGCUGUGGCGCCUAAAUAGCGUCAGCUUUUUAUCUUUUCUCGAGUCUCUGCUCAGCAGCAAAACUAUCGAUGAGGCGUGGGGGCACACGACUGAGCUGCAGGUUAUUCUAAGAAGAGCCAAGCAAAGGGUUUACUCGACGAAGCGGGUCUGCGUAGGAGGCCCCACUGCUGCUGCUGCUGCUGCUGGCUCAUCAGCAGCAGACUCUCUCUGCUAUGGAAACGGCAGCGCGGCGAAGCAGCAGCGGACGGACUCAGGAGGCGGAGCAGCAGCACCAGCAGCAGCAACAGCAGCAGCAGCAGCGCAACAGCAGCAGCAGUACGAGAAGCGAGCAGUACUUCACCUGGAGCCCCCUGCAGCGUUGGAGUGGCUGCAGAAAUUUGUAUGGGACUGCGAGGUUGAUGAAGAUGUCUACCAGGCGCUGCUGCGAGAGCAGGGGCUGCCUGCUGCUGCUGCUAAUGCUGCUGCUGCUGCUGCUGCAGCUAGUGCUGCUGCAUCGGGAAGGCCUCAGCGGCAGCAGCAACAAAACGGGGAACAAACUGAUGGCUGUACUUCCGAUCCGCUGUCAUGUUGUAUUAGCAUUGGCAGCAGCAGCAGCAGCAGCAGCAACAGCAGCAGCAGCAACAGCGACAGCGGCUACAGCAGCCAAGGCAGCGACAGCAGCAGCAUCAGCAUCAGCAGCAGCAACAGCACCAGCCCUAGAGAGGCCUCCAGCUGUACAGACAGGCGGCAGUCGCAGGAGGAAACCCCGGGAGCAGAGACUGCGUCUGAAGCAGCAAAUGCAACAGCAGCAGCAGCAGCAGCAGCACCUGCUGCUGCUGCUGCUGCUGCUCCCCGGAGGCCGCGUCGCCUACGCCGGCCUGCAUACCGCAUUCUAAUUAUCUGUGGGGACAGCAGCGUUUGCUGCAGCGUCCGUUUGGCGCUGCUGCUGGGCACCCGGCAGCUGCUGCUGAGGUGUCUAGGCAGCUACGUGCGAGGCCUUGCUGCAGGAGGUGGUGCUGCGGGUGGUGUUGCUGCUGCGUACGGAACAGCAGCAGACGCAGCAGAUAAGCGCAGCAGCAGCAGCGGAUUCAGCAGCAGCAGAAGGGCAGAGCAGCACCUGCUGCAGCAGGCAAUGCGAAUGGAAGAGAUGAUGGGGGGGCAUCAUACAGGGCUGCAAGUUGCAGCAGCAACGGCUGCUGCUGCUGCUGCUGCUGCUGAGCCCGAGGGCCCCAGUGAUCGGCAGCUGUGGAGGGCUCUGCGCUGGAGAACUCGAAGGCUGAGGGUGCGGCCUCUGCCUCGCGUUGUGAGCGCUUAUGAAGGCACUGCUGCUAUAUCUGUCGUACUGCAGCAGCACCAGCCGCAUGCAGUUGUGCUGCUGCCGCCUCUGCUGCCUUGUGUGCGUCUCCUAGAGGGAUACUGCGCUUCUGUUUAUCAGCAGCAGCAAAUCACUCGGCUUCUUGCUGCUGCAGCAGCACCCGGUGCUGGUGCGGGGGCUGCAGCAGCAGCUGCAGGCCUCCAACCCGCAGCAGCAGCUGCAGCAAGCACCACCUCAGUAGAUCCAGCGGCUGCUGCAUCGACAGUACCGGCAGCAGCAGCAACAACAGCAGCAGCAGCAGCAGGAGCGCGAGAAUCCUGCUGUCGCGUGCUGAAGCUGCUGCAGCAGCAACGGCUUGUGGGGCCGCUGCUGCGCGUGUAUCUUCUUGCUGCUGCCGACAGUUUGCUGCUGCAGCAAUAUGUGCAGUCUGUGCAUGAAGAGGCAACAGCUUGGAAGCAUAUUGAAUUCUCUUCUCAGCAUUUGCUGCUGGUGACCGACGACUUGCUGCUGCUCGCCCCACACCGCCUAAUGCGCGAGCAGCUGCUGCAGCAGCUGCAGCCCUGGGGCCCUGAGCGGCUGCAGGCGGCGCUGCAAGUUGCAGCGCAGCUGCGCAGCAGCAGCAGCAGCGGCAAGACUGCAGCAGAGGUACAAGCAGCAAAGGCUUCUUUGCUGCUGCAGCUGCGCGCCGUCGGCAUCGAGCCAGCGGAGGCCAUGAACAGCUGGAGAGGCGGUGGCGUUGCUGCUGCUGCUGCUUCAGCUGCUGCUGCUGCUGCUGCAGCAGGCCAAGAGCUGCUGCCCCUUGUUGUUGUAGACGCAAGAGAGAUGCGCUGCUCUCUUCCUUACGAACUCUUCCGCUCUCAGGUGCAUGUACACCCCACCACCAUCACUGUAGGGGACUACGUCUUGACCCGGGACAUCUGCGUUGAGAGGAAGGCCAUUGCAGAUUUGGUGCAGUCUCUCAACUCCGGCCGUCUCUACCAUCAGGCACGCCUAUUAGUUCGCCAUUAUCAGUCUCCUUGUUUGCUGCUCGAUUUUGGAGGGGCGCCAGUGAACCUUUCUGCUGCUGCUGCUGCUGCUUCUCCCAACAGCAGCAGCAGCAGCAGCAGACACGGCCGGGACGUGCUGCACCCCAUUUGGGACAAGCUACUGCUGUUGCUGCUGCACUUCCCUUCCUUGCGGCUGCUCUGGGCCCCUCAUCCAGCAUUUGCUGCGAGCGUCUUCGUGGCAAUGAAAGUAGGGAGGGAGCAGCCGUCUCUCUCAAGGAUAGCGGAGAUAGAUCGGCUUGUCUUAGCAGGAGAAGGGCCUUCUUCUGACACCCUGCAACAGCAGCAGCAGCAGCAGCAGCAGCAGCAACAGCAGCAGCGCGUCUCUAACCCCGCCACGCCUCUGCCUAUAGAGGAUUCCCCCGCAGCCACAGAUGCUGCAAAACAAGAAGAUAGCAGCAGCAGCAGCAGUAGCAGCAGCAGCAGCAGCAAAAGCGAAGAAAAGCAACUGAGUCCGAGGAAGCAAGCAGCAGCAGGUGGUGCUGCAGCACCUCUGGCUGCUGCUGCUGGGGGUCGUAUGCUGCCAGCAACAGCAGCAACAAAUGCUGUUGCUGUUGAUUUGCUGAGACGGCUGCCAGGGGUUACUGCCCUUAACAUCAAUACUGUUGUAUCGCGAGUGCGGUGUCUGAGGGACUUAGCAGAAAUGACAGAAGCUGAACUCCAAGAUGUCCUUGGGCGGUGA